UACCCCGCAGGCGUGAGUGGAAGCGGCCAACUGCACACAACUGCACACUCUCUACUCUGGCCCCGCUUUCCCGCGGCCAUGAGGCCCUGGGCGCCUCUCCUGUUCCUUUUGCCGUGGGUGGGGCCCCUCCAAGGACAGCAGCACCAGCUCGUGGAGUACCUGGAGCGCCGGCUCGCUGCCUUGGAGGAACGGCUGGCUCAGUGCCAAGAGCAAAGUAGCCGGCACGCUGCUGAGCUGAGGGACUUCAAGAACAAGAUGCUGCCGUUGCUGGAAGCGGCUGAGAAGGAGCGGGAGGCACUCAGAACUGAGGCUGACACCAUCUCGGGGAGAGUGGACCGUCUGGAGCGGGAGGUCGACUAUUUGGAGACCCAGAACCCAGCUCCACCCUGUGUAGAUGUUGAUGAGAAGGUCACUGGGGGCCCUGGCAGCAAAGGCAAGGGCAGAAGAAACGAGAAGUACGAUAUGGUGACAGACUGUGGCUACACAAUCUCUCAGGUGAAAUCAAUGAAGAUCCUGAAGCGGUUCGGUGGCCCAGCUGGUCUGUGGACCAAGGAUCCAAUGGGGCCAACAGAGAAGAUCUACGUGUUGGAUGGGACACAGAAUGACACAGCCUUUGUCUUCCCAAGGCUGCGUGACUUCACCCUUGCCAUGGCUGCCCGGAAAGCUUCCCGAGUCCGGGUGCCCUUCCCCUGGGUAGGCACAGGGCAGCUGGUAUACAGUGGCUUUCUUUAUUAUGCCCGGAGGCCUCCUGGAGGACCUGGAGGGGUUGGUGAGUUGGAGAACACUUUGCAGCUCAUCAAAUUCCACCUGGCAAACCGAACAGUGGUGGACAGUUCAGUGUUCCCAGCAGAGGGUUUGAUCCCCCCGUAUGGGCUGACAGCAAACACGUACAUUGACUUGGCGGCUGAUGAGGAGGGCCUUUGGGCCGUCUAUGCCACCCGGGAGGAUGACAGGCACUUGUGUUUGGCCAAAUUAGACCCACAGACACUGGACACAGAGCAGCAGUGGGACACACCAUGUCCCAGAGAGAAUGCUGAGGCUGCCUUUGUCAUCUGUGGGACCCUAUACGUUGUCUAUAACACCCGCCCUGCCAGUCGGGCCCGCAUCCAGUGCUCUUUUGAUGCCAGCGGCACCCUGACCCCUGAAAGGGCAACGCUGCCUUACUUCCCCCGCCGGUAUGGUGCCCAUGCCAGCCUCCGCUAUAACCCUCGAGAACGUCAGCUCUAUGCCUGGGAUGAUGGCUACCAGAUUGUCUAUAAGCUGGAGAUGAAAAAGAAAGAGGAAGAAGUUUGAGGAGCUAGAUUGUAUGGGGGUAACCCAGCCAACAGGCAGCAGACUGUUUCUUGGCUCAGACGAGUUGGGGACAGAGAGGAGCAGAAGGAGACUUUCAACUCUAUCCUCUCCUCCUCCCUUCAGGCCCUGAAGAAUGGGAAUUUCUCCACAUCCUUUUGUAUGGCAACAUUUUGCAUUAAACAGAAAACCCUAA